UCUGCUUUUUUGAAAAGAAUGGGUCUUUAUAACUAGUAUUAUUGAUUAUUGCUCCAUCCAAAAGACUAGUUUCAUCUUACAACCAAGAAAGCUAAGGGCUACAUUUUACAGUCAAAUUACAGAUAAAAGAAAAGGAAACUCCUGUCAUCCUUUUUUUCCUGUUAUCUUUUUUCUCUUCUGUCAUCUCUAUUGUGUGUUUUGCAUAUUUUGAAACUUAAGUACAGUGGUGGAUGGGAUGAGCAUAAAAAGGAGGUGAUUAAGGUCUUGGAGCGGACAAAAGCUAAAUUGUAACUAUACUUUCACAUUUUGUGACGUUGUUAACUCAGGUCAAGAAUUUAGAGGCAAAAAUUGAAUUGUGUGAUGGAAUCAUCAUCAUCGUCAUCAAAAAGGGCCAAGGCACCAGGGAAUAUAGCUCAUUGCUUGGUUGAUGGGUGUAAUGCAGACCUAAGUGAAUGCAGAGAGUAUCAUCGCCGGCAUAAAGUUUGUGAGGUGCAUUCAAAGACUGCCAAAGUCACAAUUGCAGGUCGAGACCAACGCUUCUGUCAACAAUGUAGCAGGUUUCAUUCAUUGGUAGAAUUUGAUGAUGGAAAGAGAAGCUGUCGGAAACGUCUUGAUGGGCAUAACAGGCGUCGAAGGAAGCCCCAGCCAGAUUCUAUGGCAAAAAAUUCUGGAAUACUUUUUGGCCAACAAGGAACGAAACUCCUGUCAUUUAGCAGUCAACAAAUAUUUCCAAGUGCAGUUGUGAGCUCUGCAUGGGCUGGUGUUGUCAAAACGGACAGCGAUAUGGUAUUAUACAACAACCAAUCUCAUAUGAAUGGUAUGGACAGUCAAAACUCGUUCCCUGACUCUUCGGGUCAUAGCUAUAAAGGAGGAAGCCAAUUCCAGUUCAUGCAAGGCAGUGAUCGUAGUCUGACUGAAGCGCCACUUUUUGAACAUCCCACUUCUGCAGCAGGAAUUUCUAGCAGCGGACAAAAGAUCUUCUCGAGUGGAUUAAAUGAUAUUGUUGAUUCUGAUCGUGCUCUCUCUCUUCUGUCAUCAGCACCUGCUGUAACUAGGGAGAUUGGUUUGAGUCACAUGGUGCAGCAGCCUGCCUCUAUCCCGCGUUCCCAGUCACAUGGCCUGCAGUAUGAUGGUCUAAGCCAUUUCCCUUUUGCUCAAGAUUUCAAUAGCAAACCUCAAGAUUCACAUGUCAGCAACAGCAGCAGCCCUCUCCAUUUCCAUGAUAUGUUGCAAAAUGCACAAGAUGAAUCAUCUACAAUCCCUGCCUCUCAGCAAACACUAGCCUUUAUGUGGGACUAAACUUUUAGCCUGCCUUGCUUUCUGCGGAUAUCAUCAAGCAAAUUCCGGUGAAUCUUCAAUCCAUCCAACCAAAUGCUAUUCCAUUUCAGAAUGUUAAGCUUCCAAUUAGCAAACACUCCACAUGAUUCGAAUGUUUGUGUAAUGUAUCACUUAACUUUUCUAUAUUUUCCCUUCAUUAUGACGACGAUUCUCUUCUUUGUUCUCUGAAUUUUCCAUCCCAUCUCCAAAAUGUAUUAAAAAAUCUCUUAAUUUAAUUAUGAAGUAUAUUCCAGCUUUCUGGGAAA